AGCAUGUCUUUGUCACAGAUGGCCUCGCCUACCUGAGCCUGGUUCUGCUGGAGGUUUCUUCCUGUUAAACGGGAGUUUUUCCUUCCCACUGUUGCCAAGUUCUUGCUCAAAAUGAGUGGCGUGAUUGUUAAGGUUUUCUCUGGAUAGUUGUGGGGUCUUAAAAUUACAAUACAAAGCACCUUGAGGCGGCUGGUGCAGUGAUUUGUCGCUAUAUAAACAAAACGAAAUUUAAACCAAAGAUGAGCGGAGCUUCUGUGCUCAUAUACAGAGGUGUGUCAGAUUUAGUAAUGUGUUACAGCACAAAGUGGUUUCUGGCAUAGAAGGAAGUACUGUGUGUAUUUAGAAAAGAGCCCAGUGGCAAGAUUGUGUGUAAGUGGACAUGGAGGACGAGGUGGAGGAACUCUGAGACUUCUCAGACCGACCAUGUUGGAUAUGUAUGCUCGGAGUUCCUUUCUGAAGGUGCAAAAUAUAGGGAGGAAAAUAUAUAAAUCAAGUGUGCAAAGUGAUUUACUGUUUGUGACACACAGUUUACUGCUAAUUUAAGAUUUAACGGAGGACAAAGCUUGCCCUAUUUUUUGUGUUUAACAUUGAAAUGAACUGAUUGCGCUUGUGCUUGGAAAACGGAACAACUUUUGUAAACCACACGCAAAACUUACCACACUUACAAGUACUAUUUGGGGAUUGCGCUAACAUGCUUUUUCCACCCCGUUCAGUAAUUGUGUCUUUAAACUGACUGUGAAACUGUGGACACAAGCUCGCUGUCUGAUGUCUAAUGAUUGAGAAGUCAUUAUCCAAAGAGCGUACGCGGGGUAAUCCUCCUUUCUGACUUUCAGAAUCACCAAAUUUUGCAUUACUGUUUGCUAAAGAUCUGUUUUUCACUGUGUCAGUCUCAUUUUUCUUUAACAUAAUUUUGUAUUAUUUUAUCAUAUUCCAUAUAAAACUUUGUAAAUAUUCAAUAUGAGCCCCUGACCUGUUUAUUGUAGAUUAUACUACUUUUAUUAUUAUUCUUAAUGCUGCCGAAAACAUGAAGCAUUAAUAUGGGUAAAAUACAUCUUAAAUGUGGCCAAAAUCAAAGGUUUAUUUACUCAGAUAAUUAAUCAUUAAGUAAAAUAUCCAUCUAUCUAUUCAUCUUACAAAAUUCACUUAUUUUCUUUGCAGCAUGACCUAAAACAAGAGACGCUGGGUCCACUGGAAGCGAUUUGUUCCUCUCGUGUCACUUACAAACUGACGGCUCAUCACUUGCAAACGUUCCAGGAUCCGGUUGCCUAGCGCCAUGGACAAGAGCCACACAGUGAAGCUCUUCGUGGGUAACCUGGCAUUGGACACCACGCAGGAAGAGCUGUCGGCCAUCUUCGAACCCUACGGUCAGGUGGUCAGCUGCAGCGUGCUGCGGCAGUUCGCCUUUGUGCAUCUGCAGGGGGAGGGUGCUGCGGAGCGGGCCAUCCGGGAGCUCAAUGGACGGGAGUUUCGUGGUCGCAAUUUGGUGGUGGAGGAAUCGAGGGGGAGGCCGCUGCACUCCACCAAGGUGUUUGUGGGUAAUCUGAGCGGCAUGUGCACCACAGAAGACCUCCAGCAGCUGUUCCAGACGUUCGGGAAAGUCCUCGAAUGUGACAAAGUCAAAGGCUAUGCUUUUGUUCACAUGGAAAACAAGGAAGAUGCGCUACAGGCCAUCGAAGCCCUGCACGGCACCUCCUUCAAGGGCCGGCCCCUGUCCGUAGAGCUCUCCAAGGUCCAGCCCAGCAAGCAGGCGCCGACGGGGAAGAUCCCGUGUGUGAACUGUGGGAAGCAGGGCCACUAUGCUGGAGAAUGCCCUGUGGGGAAACCUUCUCUGGAGCAGUACCAGAGUCAGGCAGCGGUCUUGGCUGCUGCCGCCGCUGCGGCCGCCGGCCUACCGCUGCAGGUCCAGCAAAGCGUGCACAAUUCAGUCUACAACACUUCCACCUUUGAUCCCACUUAUGCUGCUCUCACAGGGAUUACCACCGGGACACGCACAGAUGGGAACCCGGUAAAUCCAGCUGUUUAUGGUGCCCUUGCCAGCCAGGUGUACGGUGCCAACGUUGCCAAUCAGCUUUACGGAACGGUGGCCAAUCAGGCCGCUCUCACGUCAGGGGCCACCCAGGUAUACAGCUCCAUGACACCUAAUAUUUACGGUCAGGUGGCUGCGUCCCCAGCUGCCGCCGCUGCUGCUGCCGCCGCUGCCGCUGCCUACACAACUCCGGUUUACACCCCGACAAUGGCCAACCACCCCGUCUAUCUGGCCGCGGCUCCUGGGAUAGAAAUGCCAACAGCGGCGGCCGCCGUCAAUCCUGCCUACUCUGUAGCGCCUGCGAUUUACAGCGCCGCCGCACCAGCCUACGCUCAGUUAAGCGCCAUGGGAGCAGCGGACCCGACUACGGCUAUCUUUGAGGCUGCCAGGCAGGCGCAUUACUUCGCCCAGGGCCAGCAGGUUGUGGCUGAGCAGCAGACGGCAGCUGCCGCCACAGCAGCAGCUGUGGCAAAGUCCGGAGAGAGGGAUCGCAGUCCACUGCGAAGGUCGGCACCUCUGCUUCCGGACCCUGUGAUGAAGCCAUUUAUGUACCAGAGGGCCAAGCCACGCCGACCCCUGCUCCCCACGCCAGCUGGUCGAGCAGCUGAAGAGGCAGUGGAAGCCGCAGAAGACCCCAUGGCCAGGUACUACGCGGAGUACUACCAGCAGCUCCAGCAGUACCCACAGUUCCAGUAUGCCUACGCAUCACCGAGCGCAGUGACCGCCAUCCCUGGCAUGCCGGGAAUGCAGGCCAUGCAAGCGGUCCAAGCAGUUCAGGCUGUCCCCGCGAUGCAAGCCCAGCCCGUCGCCACGCUGGACGCACUCAGGCCAGUGGUCCCCACCGCUGCGGCAGUGGCAGCCGCCAUGGCUGCGCCCAGGGUGUAUGAGCCGCCGUUGCCGCCGCCCACGCGCAAGGAGGCCAUCCUCCGCCGCCCCGAACUCUCCCUUCACACGCCUGAGCCCCCCUUCCGAUAGUCGCACACAACUCUCUGCCCGCCCCUCCCUCUUUGCCCUGAACCCCUCCCACCCUUCACCCUCCCUCACCCGCCCCAAUCUCCUCUUCCAACCCCAAACUUGACCACCUUACAGCAGCUGUAUGUACGUGUGUGUGUGUGUGUGUGUGUGUGUGUGUCUGGGGGCUCUAAGUGUGUGGUAUUAAACUGGGGACUCCUUGGUUUAUUAACCUGCUUUAGGAGAAACUUGAUACGCCAGCCUUGGUUCAGUUUGCACGCGCACACAGUGCAGCCACCGAAAGGGAGGCUUUCAUCUGUCGCGCGGGCAUUCUUUGUGCUUCUCAGUUUUACUUUUUUAUCGUGCCAGUCUCACACGUGUGCCAGUAUUAGGCCGACCCGCUCGGCCGUUUCAUAUAUGCCUUUAUUUCCGCAAACCCAGUUAUGAUUUUCUAAGGCCGAGACCUUCGAUUGACGACAUCAGCCAUCCUCCUUAGGCCUAGAUGAUCAGUUAGGGCAGCUAAUUUGAAACCUUUUUUGCCUUAUGUUGAAGAGUUUCAAUUUGCAACGUAACCAGAUGGAAAGUCAGGGCGACGCUCUCGCGCGUGACGGCUGCGCUGCGUCGCGUCCGGCCGAACCAAGGUUGAGUCUUCUUUGUUUUUUGGUUUGUUUGGGGUUUUUUUUCGAGGGACGUUUUGUCUUGAAUGUGACGUGGGCUGUGACGCGUGUGAGCGAGUGAGAGGUGAGGGCUUGCUGACCUUGCAGCGCACAAAUGCAGCAGCAAAAAAAGAAAAUAAAACUUUGCCGAAAAGGAAAGGAGAGAAAAAAAAAGAGUAAAGCACACAUAAACGUACUGUAAUGUAUGUUUGGAUCUCCCCUUUGACUCCCUUUUUUUUUUUCUGAACCCCCCCUCCUCCCUUCCCGCUCCACCCUUACUCUAACUGCAGCAAUGAAAGACACUGCUUCACCUCUCCCUCUCUCGCUCUUUGUAAUUACAGCUGCCUACCUCUUACAGCAAAUUUCAAUGUCUAUUCUUUUCUAUUGUGUUCUCUUAUAUUGUCGGCAGUUCCCGCUCCUUGUAAAGGGACAGGGUCAGCAGUUUAGAGGGGGAGGAGCCAGAUAUUACCGACAGUGACUUUUUUUUGUAGAUGUUCCGUAUGGAGUCCAUCAUUUUCAGAGGCCUUUUUUAAAAAUAGUGUAAAUGUGUUUUUUGUUGUUUACCUGUGACGUAAGUCAGCCUGGGAUGUGACGAACUGUAAACGGUGGUGAAAGGAGGGAGAAAAAAAUCAACGUGUUACUACUGAGGGAGCAGUUUACAAAAGGAUCUUUUAAUCGCAUUCUGUUGGAAACCACGAUGGUAUGUGACAAGCUCAAUCAUGUGCCUAUAAAGCCUCGAGUGAAGUGCAUUAAGUGGAGGGACCUCCCAUUUUUAAGUGCUUUUGACAUUAUUUUUUAAUCAUUUCAAGGAGGGCGGGGGGAGCCCGACCUCCAGAGCUUUAGUAUCCAGAAGGCUUGGAGAGCGAGCGAAGCUUUCUCUGGGAUUUGUUUCACAGCUCUUAAAAGAAAAAGCCACAAACCGAGCCUUCACGGGUUCGUUACUUUACUAGCUGCUGGUUAAAGCAGAAACGACAGUGAUAGCACCAAUGAAGUGAGAGGUGGGGCAGCGUCGUCCACGUGCUUCUUUGACCCUCCGAAUACCAGACCAGCUUUAGAUUGCGAUUGCAAAAAAGGGAAAAGAGCGAAAGUGUCUGUUUUAAUAUAUCUGUUAGAGCUUGUAGAACUGGACUUUGACGAGUGGCAAAUCCCACCCGCGUAGCUCUGCGUUUCAUUAAAACAGCCACUUUCAAAGUAUUUUGCAACUGCUAUGUGACGGCGGUCUGCUGCACACGCCCCUAUACUGCCCUCCCGUUCCUCCCUCCUCCUCCCCUCCUCUCUCUCCCCCUGUGUUUUUUUUUUCUUUCUUUCUUUCUUUUUGUUUUUUAGCGGUUGAGCGACUUCUUUGCAUCUCACGGUGUAAUCUCUCUCUGUGUCGUAUAUACAGAACACAUACCAGUUGCAUCCUUUGUAGAACUAUGUGGUUUGCGAAAUGUCUUGUUUGCCAUGUUUGAGAUCGUAUUUUUUAGAGAAGUAUUUUCAUUUUUUUUUGCCUUCUUUUUAAGAAAAAUAUAAAAAGUCAAAAGUUAAAAAAAAAAUCAUUCAAAAAAAAAAAUCAGCAUGCUUUUUAUUGAGAAUAUGUAUUACUAUAAACCUUAUUAUAAUAAAGAAUGUUUUGGCUGACACUAAUGUGGUAAAAGAAAGCAAAGGGUUUGGACAUUUCCCCUUCUUCUUCUUCUUCUUGUUUAUGUUGUUCUUCUCCCACUAUCUGUUUCUCUUGUGUAAAAUGACUACCAGACCCAUUUGACUGGGGACCCAAGGGGGAGACAGGUGUAGAUGCUGGCCCAGCUUUGCUCUCUUUGGUCGGGGUCACCGUGCCGCCUGGAACGGCCGGGGUGCAGCCGUGCGUGAGCGUGGCGGCGUGAGCCAUGGGGACGACUUUUAGCGCGACGCCAACGCAGCGGGAACUCGUUCUCUCUCUCUCUUCACCACCAAGGUAAAUAAAAAAAGUUUACAAAAAAAACAAAAAAAACCGCAACAACAGCAGGAAAGAAAUCCUAAAGAGCACUGACUUCCCCUCUCCCAACCUGCCGCCCCCUCCUUUGACUGUGCCUUGAACAAACACUCCUUCCCCACCUCCCUCCUCUCCACACUGCCAUCGCCACCUUCCUCCCCCACCUCCCCCAGUCCGUAACUCCUCCUCUGCUGCAGUGGCGGUGCCGCGGCUACAGCCUUGGGCUUCUCCUCUGUGGGUUUGGUGGGCAGGGUUUGGGUGGGGUUAGGACCCCUGCACAGGUCUCAGUCAAGUCUUGCAAUCAGCUUUAGGAGGCGACUGGCGCGCCCUCUCUGUCCUGCUGGUGUGUGUCUGUGUGUGUGUGUGUUAAAGAGAAAACAGCUUCUUUUUUGUUUGUCUAUUUUUCUGUGGGCGGUAUUUCAUUGAUUGGUGAGGCUUGACACCCCCACCCCACACACCCUCCCCCCUGCCCUCGCCACCGCCGUAUUCGCCGCCCUUGCCCCUUCCCUGCCCGCCCCGGUUCCCUCCUUCUUCCCCCUUCCCCCUUCCCUCUCUCACACCUCCUCCUCCUUAACCCCGCCCUCCUGUGCGCCUCUCCUUUCCGCCGUUCACACACAAAUACACAGCGCUUUUUUUUUUUUUCUUCCCCCCCUACUCCCGCCGCCACCGCCGCCGCCACCACCACCACCUUGGAUCUGGGUUUGUGGCUCUGGCUCGGACUCAGACUUCCCAGAACCACCCACCUAAACCCAAACUACCCACCCACCCUCCUUUUGUUACCGUAGUGGCCUGGGCGUGCCAACGGACAGUGUAUGUGUGGUGGCCCGCCGCCGGACUCAGUAACACGACACAGAGAGACUUCAGUGUUGGACGAGCCGCUUUGCUGAAACUGUUGAAUGAUGGGUUUGCGCCACACAGCUGUGGAAGGAAUCGUAACUCCCAUAAGACCUUAGCGCCAUGACAAAACGAGAUAAACCAACAGGGGGUUUGCCUUGGGUCCUUCACAGCCUGUGUGCCAAUCAGAAACGUCCUAUAAGAUCGGCCGAGCUAAUGAGGCCAGUCUGACCUGUAGAUUCUCACCAAUCUCGGGACUCCUGUAGGACUUUUCUGGUACGGCAGCUCUGUUUCUCUAAUCCUAGUGUCAGCUGGACCGGCUGAAUAUGUGCUAUGAGUGACUUGUAUGAGGUGUGGCUAUUAAAUAAUGAGACGUCACACCGGUUUGACUCACAGAAGCUCUGUUUUGUUGUUUAACAGCCACGCCUCGUCUACAUUCUUACCUGUUAAGACUAUUGAUGCACACACACAGUCCUGCACACACUCGCUGUAUGUCAGAUGAGUUUGUCUCACAUUUGCUCCGACCGCUGCGAGACGGAGUCGAGACAAGCGUGGUGCUGCCUUUCUGUCCGCCUAACAAACUAAAAGGAGGUGGGGAGGAUUGAGUAGAUGACUUACCGAUAAGGUGAGUUGGUAGUGGAAGGAUCCUUUGGCCCAAAGCUACUUUCUAACCUCACCUUUCUGAUCUUGGAGCAUCCCAUAAUAGUCACUGGCCAGAACCUUAUCAAAAGAAAACGUUGUCGCACACAGUGUCUGUGCUAAUAAUAACGAGCCCUAGAAUCUGAUGUCUCUGUUGCUUGGAUACAAAGUGCAAAAAAAACUGAUUUUUUUUUUGCAUUCACAGACACAUUAAGUGUUUUUAAAAAAACACAAAUGAUGAGUUCAUCAUGUGUGGAUGCAUUUAGAGGCACAUAGAGGCCAGUUUUAUUUCUCUCCAAAGGACCGCUGUGUAGGAUUUAGUGGCGUUCGAGGACUGGACGUGUAGUGCAGGAUCCAUAGUCCUACAUUAGUGCACAUUUGCCUAGAAGGAAGGAUUGUGGGUAUUUGACAGAUGCAGAGGCCAUGUGUAGAUGUGGUGAAAGACCAAAAAGCACAUAUCCUGAUAUCCUGAAUGCUGAUUGGCCGAAAAGCUGGCUCGAACAGGAAAGGGAGCAAUAGUGCAGUUCACCACAAAGAGGAACAACUGUGUCCGUUUUCAUUGCUUUCAGUCACCCGGUUUCACUUUACUACAAAGGACCAACGAAAGCACAAAAACGCGGGUAGCCUGUGUCACUAAAUGCUGCACACAUUUACAACCAGGCCGCCAUGGCAACAGCACGCAACCACAGCGUGAAGUUGUGAGUCUGCAGACCUCAGCGUAGCACAGAUUAGAGAAAACGUGAAGUGCUCUUUACACUUGUGAAAACAAACACAACUAUGAGUACUGCAUGUAAUACUGUAUGUAAUAUAGUCACAGGCGAUUGCCCCCUCCCUGAGCAUGGUCCGUCUGGAGGUUUCUUCCUGUUAAAAGGGAGUUUUUCCUUCCCACUGUCGCCAAAGUGCUUGCUCAAAGAGGGUCGUCUGAUCGUUGGAGUCCUCUCUGUUAAUGUAGGGUGUUACCUUCCAAUCUAAAGCACCUUGAGGCGACUGCUGUUGUGAUUUGGCGCUAUAUCGAUAAAAUUGAACUGAGUACUGUAUUCUGUUUCCACGAGUAAAUCCUACACACUGGUCCUUUAAGCAGUGCAGCUGAUGAAACCCCUCCUCAGCCUCCAUGAUCAGGGCACACCGUGCUCCAGUUUUUUUCCCCCUCCAGCCACCUCACCCCUCCCCUCCAACUCUGCCGGCUCCUCACUAAAAAGGCUUCUUCUGGUGCUUGUGAGUCUAGGCUUCCCGUGCUUGGGUGAAUGCAGCCACGCAUCUCUUAAACACCCCCGACCCCCCCGCGCACCCUCUUGCUCUAAAUUCACAGACAGACGGAGCUGCAGCCUCCUCUCUACUUCCACUUCCUCACCCAAACUCCCCCUGCCUUCUGUGGUUUGGACAGCUGAAGAACUGAGAUACUCUGCACACACACACACACACACACACACAUUUAUAUAGAUAUAUAUUUGUGUAUUGUGUUGUUUUUUUUUGAUGGGAUCCCACAGGGUACAGCAGACCGGCAGAGAUGUACAUCGGGAACAGAACCCACUCCGGCUUAGGUUUGAGCCCAGCCCUCACACCGUAGACCGUGAUGCCUUUUUUAGUUGAAGCAGGUUUCAUUAACGAGACUUUUCUAGGUCAUCUAGCACAGAUGUGAAUCACAGAAUCACACUUCUAAUGAUGCUUAUCCUCUCUUCAGAUAAAAGCAUCAGGAGUGUCUUAUCUCACACGUUACCUCGUAUAGAGGGGGGCAGACAGCAUGUGAACGCCAGCAGGAUGCAGUGCAGCUCAAUACAAAAAUCACUGCAUUUAUUGAUCAUUUAUAAGGUUUUUUUCCCCUCAUAACUGCAGUAAUAGUGUGUUGGCUGGCAUUAGAGUGAAAGGCGUUCAUGUUAUUUUGUCCACCCUUCUGCCCUUAUAUGAUUACAGGCCACCUGAGGCCAAGCCCAUCUUUUUUUUUCUCCCUCUCCACGGACCAUUUCAUUGUCAGCAGUCCCACGAUGGCAUUAUGUUUAGCCAUUUCAGUUCCCUCGUCUCAGCGGCUGCUCAGUCACAAACCUAAUUGUAACCACAAAUAGUCGCGCAGUAGCUAAGCUUCUUCAAGUAGGUUAAUGGACCAAGCUUAGUGUAGUUAAACGAAACGCCUCAGUUAAUUACAAUAUUAAUCGUUCUAGUUUCCAAAGACGUCAGGGGUGACAGAAUAGUGUGUCAUCUCAAGAGGAGAGCAAUCGGGAUCUGCUCCUCUUUCAAAGAAAUCGAAUCCAGCACAACGCUGAACGAUGAGGGGAUUUUCACACCGUGAAUGUCGGAUCAAACAUUUGCGUCAACAUGUUUACUGUGAAUGACAAAUCCUGAUAUGAAGACAAUUAUACUGUAUGGUUGUGUGUGCAUAUAUUUAUGCCUUUUGGUCUGUAUUUCUUAAGAUGUUGAGGUAUUUUUUUUCAGUCUGCAUGAACAAAAAUCAUGAAUAAAUCUUUUUGUUUCUCAUAUAA